AUGCAACUUACCUACAUCAUCCCACUCUUGCUCUUUGCAGUCGGAUCUCUCGCUCUAACCAACACUCAGGUCGAAAAUGACGAUGACAUUAGUCAAUUUAAUUGUGCCAAUCAGAUCUUUUCAGAGGAAGAAGUCUUGAAAUUCUUCAAUGCUGCAGAACGUGAAUUAGCCCUCACACAAGCCUCCGACAAACCCAGAAUGCCAUUAUUGGAACCUUAUGAUCCUAACCCAUCCUCUCGCAGGCGGAAGCCAGUAUACUAUUCAUUCAUAGCCUUUCGCUUGAGAAAUACUAAAGUCCCAAAACAUGUUAUUAUUGAUAAUAAUGCGGACUAUAUUGGCAUGUCUUGGGGAUUUAAAGCCGAACAUGUGUGCCUAAGGCGUGAAGUUACGCCUCAGAAUAGAGAUAGACCAUGGGAUAGCAAACAACAGGCAAAAUUAUGGGAUGCCUACAAGCUUCGUCAUCGAAAUCGACUAUAG